CUCCUCGACAUAUACAAUUCUUCAAACACAUCACUACGUCAUACGCCAGACUGCAGCCAUGGCUUCCUCAACCGACAAGAAGCCACCAGCAACACCAGCUCCACGCUCCAUCGUCCCCGACGCCAACACCUUCGACCCCAGCCUUCCCGCCUCCAAGUCAGGCGCCGGCGCCAGUAACACCACCACCUCCUCCUCCGAUACCCAACCCAAUUGUCCCUUCUGCCACAUCUCCUCAACUUUUCCCCCCUACCCCCCUACCUCCCCUCCUUCUCCCUUCCCCCCAUCCACCUCCACCUCCCCCCAACCACAAACCUUCCUCCUCCUCUCCACCCCCCUCCUGAUCGCCUUCCUCGACAUCAUGCCCCUCUCCCCGGGCCAUCUCUUACUCUGCCCCCGCCGGCACGCCGCCAAACUCACCGACGUGCUUCCCGAUGAAGCCGCCGAAUUGGGGCGCUACCUACGGAUCCUCUCGGAAGCGGUGACGCGGGCGACGGGGAUCAAAGACUGGAACGUGGUCCAGAACAACGGGAUUGCCGCUGCGCAGGUUGUCGAGCAUAUGCAUUUUCACAUCAUUCCCAGGCCAGGGCUGAGGGAGGCUGAGAGGUUUACGAGCACCAUGUUUGGGAGGGGGAAAAGGGAGGAUUUGGAUGAGGACGAGGGGGAGGAGUUGGCGAGGAGGGUGAGGGGGUUUGUAACGGAGGUGGUUAGGGAGGAGGUGGAGGAGGAGAGGGGGCUAAGGGAGAAAGCAAAGCUGUAG